AUGGCGGCGCGAAAAGGCUUCGGUGCCCUCGUUUUUGGAGGAGGAAGCGGUUUAGGGCUGGCCGCAGGAAAGAGACUUGUUAAAAAUGGCUACAAAGUCGUUUUAGCGGACCUACCAUCGAGUGACGGUGACAGGGUGGCGCGAGAUCUGGGAGACAGCUGCAUUUUCGCACCAGCAGAUGUAAGUGGAACUGGCCUGGGCCAUAUCUUUGCCGCACCGCCCCUCCCCUCCCACCCCCCGCCUCCGGCUUGUAAAGAUGAUGAGAUUUUCUGACGGGGUGGCUGUGAGAGCAAUUUUGAUCUUUGGUAUAUUCUCGAGGGGAAAGAGAAAAAAAUCCAUUUUUGGCAUGGAAGGGGUUCCAAUCUGGUUUAACAGGUCCCUGAAGAAAUUUAAUAAUUAUUCAUUUGCUUUUAAUAACUGCACACUAUUGUCAGUGUUGGAGGUGCUAAAAUAUGAAGGAUUAUAGUUUGCCAACAACAGUUGCUGAAAACUGAUUUUCUUUAUGUUGCAUUGUUUAUUGAACAGGUUUCAUCAGAAAGUAGUGUUAAACAGGCUAUCAAAACGGUUGUAGAUAAAUGUGGUCCUUUGCGGGCAGUUGUGAACACUGCAGGGAUAAUGAAAAUUGCAGGAACUUUGUCUGAUACUGGGGAGGCCCAUUCUCUUUCCUUAUUUGAGGAAAUAACAAAGGUAUAGUAAAAUCUAUUUAUACCAGGCAAGACCAUGCAUUAGGUGCCAGCUUUAUUAACACAUAUAAAUUACUAUCACAAUCAGAUGCAGAGGUUGGGAUAACAGAUUUUAGUAAAAUCCAACUAAAGGUCUAUUAUCAAUGCUGUUAUAGCCCACUAAUAGCGAAAAGAGCUGGCUUUGAAAACCAAAACAAUGGUGGCUGAAUCGUGUUUUACUAGCUAAAGUUGUUUUGUCUCGAUAUUUUUGACCAACUAGUUGGAUUUUACUAAAACAAUAAUAUUCCUCUCGCCCUCAUGGCCUCUCACAAAUCCAGACAUGUUGUUUCACACAUGAUUAAUACUGAAAAUUCAAUUCAAUUUCCACAAACACAUUCAAAAAGUAAUUGAAUGAUGAAUUUGUGUUCCAGUGAAAUGAAUAUAUUAUUCAUCAUAGCUUACUCUAAAGGAUUUGUUUUGCAGAUUAAUCUAACGGGGUCAUUUAAUGUGGCCCGCCUUGCAGCAGAGCAAAUGGCAACUAAUGAACCUGAUGAGGGAGGGGAGAGAGGGGUGAUUAUUAACACCUCCAGUAUUCAUGCUUAUGAAGGACAAGCUGGAAAAGUUGCGUACUCAGCAACUAAAGGAGCAAUCAGUGGUAUGACGCUCCCUAUGGCCAGAGAUCUGGCACAGUAUGGCAUCAGGGUGAAUGCAAUUGCACCAGGUGGAUAUUGUUUACUUAAAAUGUGACUUAGACCCCUUAAAAAGUCCAUGGGAUAGGAAGAAACUGAAUUGUAUUGUAUUGUACUUCAAGUAGAAAGCUUCUGUAGCUUUAUAAUUAUGGGACUGAAGCAGUUUGGCAGGGCACAAAAGGGAGGGUCAUAGUAUAACAAGACUAGUUCGCAAGGAAGCUUCUAAUGAUUUUUCAUGUGUAAACUCUCCUCUCCUUGAAUGAAAAGAAAAAAAAACAGUCCUGCUAACCUCUUUGCAGAGAAAAAAAACCAGUAACAGCAACAGCAGAUGUGUGGAAAGAAUUGCACAGUUUGUGGAACAUAUUUUGUCACCUUGGUUGAGUAUUCAAAGUUUGGGACAAAAUGAAAAUUGACUUUUCUUUUGCAUAUACUUAUAAACAGUUCUGGCAACGUAAAUCCACAUUUCCUGUACCCCUUAUACUCAGCUCUUGCGAGUCCUACCACUUUUGUUUUGGGGGCAUGGAAACCUGAAGUUUCUACUUUUUAACCCUGUCGCCUAGAUCAUCUAGUUUCCCGGAUGUCUGACUUUGGUAUUUUCCAGGUAAAGACAAUGGGAUACUUUACUUACUACCAGGACCUAUACCUCACCCUAGGUUGUUCCUUUCAUUCCUGUAGGGGGGCAGCCAGGGAUGGGGGUGCGAAUUUCCCAUUUAUUGCAACUCAAAAGAUUAUUUCUUUGAAAUUGCAAAGAAAUAUUCUUCAACACCAACAAAUUCUUGAAAUUUAUGAAGAGCUUUCAGAACGCACCCAGACCCCUUCAUCAAUGCUGUUUGCUGUUAUUUGCUGAUUAUGAACGUUUAUGGUCUUGCAUAGCUUGUGUGAAAGUAGGUGGUUUUUCCUGGCCAAUGAUUUUUACACUGGCCCAGUCAAUGGAGUGGCCUGCGCCCUUAGGGUCUUUGGACACGGCAGACCUAAGAUCGCAGACUUGCACAGAAUUCAGGUGUUCAUUAAUAGCCUAGUACGCAGUUUCAUGUAGCCUAGUUUAAAACUUUGAAGAAUUUGUUGGUGUUGAAGAACAUUUCUUUGCAAAUAUAUGUUCCAACAGCCGAAUCUUUACUCUGUCAUUUCUUUAAAACGUUUUCUUUAUCUGACAUCAGGUAUGUUCCUCACGCCAAUGUUCACCAAAGGAAGACCAGAACCCUCCCAGCAGGAAAGUGCUGCCCAAAUCAUACCAUUUCCCAAGCGUAUUGCAGACCCAGAUGACUUUGCACACCUUGCUCUAAGCAUUAUAGAAAACAGAACAAUUAAUGGCGAGAUUAUUAGGAUUGAUGGUGCUGUACGAAUGCCAUAAACCUGGAAAAGUUAGGAUCUUACCUCAAGCAGGGAUGGACUUUAUUAGGCUGAAGAAUUUCAAAUCAGCAAAGUGUUAGGCUAAGCGUAAAAUAAGAGAAAGCUGUAGUGAUAACGGUCUCUGAUAGUGCAGUGUACUCAUCUUUUGGGGUUCAGUUUGUUUUAUUGAUAAGGUGGAUUUUAGCUUGUGUGGCAGCCUGUUCCAGGCUCUCAGAUAGUGGGGAAGACGUGAAAGUAAAGGCACGCUUCAUGAAAAAUUGUAGAAAAUUGUUUGUAUUUGCUAUUGAAGUUAAAAAUAUUGUAAUAAGAAUC